CUCGUUAUGUCAGACGAAGAGGAAGGCGAUUACUCGCAGUUACAAACUGAGCAGAACCGAAGGCAUAAGAAAGCAGGAGGAUGGCAGGUUAUGGGACUUGACCAUACUGUUUUCAAAGGUGUAGAAAGGAAAGGCUACAAACAGCCCACUCCUAUACAGAGGAAAACCAUUCCAUGCAUACUUGAUGGCAAGGACGUUGUGGCAAUGUCGCGAACAGGAAGCGGCAAAACAGCUGCUUUCGUCAUCCCCAUGCUGCAACGGCUCAAGCGUCGUGACACCAAAGGAAUUCGUGCUCUCUUGGUGUCACCGACGAGAGAACUGGCACUACAGACUUUCAAGGUGGUGAAAGAGGUACUGAAUUUCGGCUUGGAACUUGGACGAUUCACCGGACUGCGAUGCGCUAUCCUAGUAGGAGGAGAUGCUAUAGAGGAUCAGUUUUCAACGAUACAUGAGAAUCCUGAUAUACUAAUUGCCACUCCCGGUCGACUAUUACACGUUAUCGUAGAAAUGGACUUACGACUGAGUUUUGUGCAGUAUGUGGUAUUCGAUGAGGCUGACCGCCUGUUUGAAAUGGGUUUCCAAGACCAGUUGACGGAGACGCUCAAGCGAAUUCCGGAGAGCAGGCAGACUCUGUUGUUUUCUGCAACUCUUCCCAAAAUGUUAGUCGAUUUUGCUAAAGCCGGCCUGUCAGAUCCGAUGUUGGUCCGCCUUGAUGUAGACGAAAAGAUUUCGGAACGCUUAUCGAUGGUUUUUGUGACAUGCAGGGCUGACGAAAAACUCGCUGUUUUGCUCCAUCUAUGCCGACGGAUGAAUGCUGAAGGCAAGCAAACCGUAGUGUUUUGCGCCACAAUGAAACAUGUCGAGUAUGUUGUCGGUAUCAUGAAUCGUGCUGGGAUCGAUAACUCUUUCAUCUAUAGUCAGCUUGACGCAACUGCUAGGAAACAGAACAUACAGAAGUCG